GCUAAUUGUCAGCCACUCCGUGAUCAGGCCUCCGAGACGCUACCAACGGAGCUAUUAUCAACCACUCCGUGAUCAGACCUACUGUGCGGUACCAACGAACGCAGAUUCUGCCCAGGACAGACUGCUCGGCAGCGACUACCAUAACCAGGAUGGAGGUGCCGCUGACUUGGCCACGUCUGCUGCUGGUGCUGCUGCUCAGCUGCCACCAGGUGGCGGCUGCGCCCGCCAAUCCCGCUGCGCUGCAAGGUCUGGACGAGUUCCUGGCCGCCUUUGAAGGGUUCGCCAUCCCCGAAGAGCAGCAGCCCGCGGACGCCCAGCCGGUGCCGGAGGAGAGCGAUAUCGGCAAGGGGGAGGCCCACUGCCUGGGCUGUGUUCGCGAGAUUACCGAGGACAGCCUUCGUCUGAGAUCUGUGGCACAGACCGCAGCGGCGCUUCUGGAGGAUCAACUGACAGCCAACCAUACCAACGCGGUUACCCAGGUGUACCGGGCCGCAGAACAGGUAGUAAACGGCAUCCUGUACUUCCUCACGCUGGAGCUGGCUCCCACCAACUGCACGCGGCCGGUGCAAGAGGAGGCCGUCUGCUCUGUUGACACGGAAACUGCUAGCGAGCUGUAUGCAGUGGAGUUACUCGAUCAACCGCAUCUGAACAACACUGCACUGUUGUUGGCCCAGGAGGUGAACAGGACAGAGGUGGAGGGCCUACCCGGCCUGUUCGCCGGUCCCGAGCCGCCGACGCUACCAACGGAGCCGACCGUCGUGAUCGGCGUCAGCGCCGACGGCGACGUCGGUGCCGAUAGUGACCUGGCGGCGCUGCUCGACCAGCUGGAAGAUGUUACCAUCCUGCCGGCGGCCAACGAGGCGACUGGGCCGACGGCGGCCACUGGCUCCUGAGCCCCCCCCCCCCCCCCGCCGGCGAUGGCGGAUGGCUGGGGACGGAGCGAGGGAGAGCCCGUCGGCCACCGGUCAUAGCGAGCCACAGCCGGAGAAGACGCGGCUUAUUAGCAGCAGGUGCUUUUUUAUCGGCAAUUCAGCAUCCUGAUAAUAAACAACUGGAAAGUUGUCGGUGUAACUAUUUCAGAUUCGAGAGCAGGGUCCUCUGUCUUACAUGAAGAACGAAAUCUCUUCAAAAGAAAUACAAAUUAUGGUUUUUUGCUGAGCAUACCGAUAGUACUGUAUCUCCGGCUUGUAAUGCCAUUGUUGAUUUGGGCUUAAGAUAAGCCGGUAUGAUUCGGCACAUAUAAAAAUAUCAAUUAGUGAACACAUAAAUCGCAAAAUU